CUUAUGCAAAGCAUGAGAAAUUUCUGAGUGGUGUGCUCCAGGAAGCAGCAGCGACGAACUCACAAUCACUCAAUAUCUUGAUACAUUAAUUAAAAGAGAUGUUGAAAAAUUAAAAUUGUGUAGUUAUGAUUAUUUGUGAAACGAAUGUGCAAUUCUUUCUCUACAAAACAGGGCAGCACUGAAUCAAAUAAGUCAAGCACUGAAUGGUGAAUAUCACUUAGAACCGAUCUCAAGAUUAGGUCAACAAUUGUUUGCUCUUCACAAUUCUCUUCCGUAGAAAAUCGGAGUCACCAUUUCAUUCAGCAACUUCUUACUUCCCAGAAAUAAUGACCUGAUGAGGUUGAGGUGUGAUCUUCUUCAGUGCUGCUUCACUGGCACUUCUUCAAAUGGUGUUAUUCAGAUAAAGGGGAAAAUCUUCCCCUACUUGAUACUUGCACAAGCAACAAAUAAUUUUAAUAAACGUAAUUGUCUUGGAAAGAUAGGCUUGAAGAAUCUAUACUAUGGCAAACUUAGAGAUGGGUGUGAGAUUGUAAUUGAAAGAGUAUCAUCCAAUGACAAGAGGCAAAUAUUUCAGCAGUUCCUCAAUGAAAUUUUGGUUUCGAAUAUCCUGGAUCACAAAAAUCUCGUGACAUUUCGCGGUUAUGCCUUUCAUCAUGAGGAAUUCCUGGUAGCACAUGAAUAUCUCUCCAAUGGCACUCUUGCUGCUUAUCUUGAAUGUGAAAUCCAACAUAAUAAAUGCACAUUACCUUUGCUUACUCGAAUGGAAAUUGCCAUCGAUAUUGCGAAUGCAUUGAGCUAUCUUCACAAGCAUGGCAUCAUCCACCAUAACAUAAACUCCAGCAAUAUUCUGCUAGAUAAGAACAUGUGUGCUAAAGUUGCUGGCUUGCACUUAUCAAGGAAACUUCCAGAGGAUGUUUCUGUCAAUGCCACCAGCAUUGUUUCAAUUUCAAGUGGUAUAGCAAAAAAUUGUGUUUACAUUGACCCAGAGUAUGUGUCUCAUGGCAGAGUCAGCACCAAGAAUGAUGUUUAUAGCUUCGGAGUAGUGUUGUGCGAUUUGAUAUCAUCCAAGCUUGCUAAGUAUUGGGAAGGUUGUGACCGAGAAAGUAUUGCUGCACUUUUAGGCAGAAAUAUUGAAAAUCAAGCUUUGGACAAGGUAUUGGAUCCAAGAACUGGCUUCCAAUCAGACCAUAAGAUCAUGCAGGUGAUGACUGCAAUGGCAGAGCUUGCACUUAAUUGCAUGGGAUUUCCACAAGAACAAAGGCCAAAUAUGGAACAGGUGCUAGAUAUCCUCAAUGGCAAGAGACUAGAGAGAUAUAAAACAAUAGAAGCUUUCAGAAUCUUUGACUAUGCUGAUCUCAGAAAAGCUACCAUGCAAUUUCAUCCAGAUAGGAUCCUUGGAGAGGGAGGGUUCGGCAGCGUAUUUUAUGGAAAACUUCAAGAUGGACUUGAAGUUGCAAUAAAACGUUUCCACAACAUGCGGGAAAAUUCUCUUAAGCAAUUCAUGAAUGAAAUCGAGAUCUUGAGACUCUUGCACCAUAGAAACCUGGUUUCACUCUACGGCCGCAGCUCUGGUGAACAUAACGAACUCUUUCUAGUCUAUGAGUACGUCCCCAAUGGCACUGUCUCUAGACAUAUUCAUGGAGGUAAAAUUGAAAAGCUACCAUGGCUUACUAGAUUGAAUAUUGCCAUAGAAACUGCAACUGCAUUGGCAUAUCUUCAUGAUUCAGGUAUCAUACACCGUGAUGUAAAAGGAAGUAAUAUCCUCUUGGAUGAAAAUUUUUCUGUUAAAGUUGCAGAUUUCGGACUCUCACGGUCCCAACCAGAUUACGUUACUCAUGUGUCAACAGCUCCAGCAGGGACAAAUGCCUAUAUGGAUCCGGAAUAUUUCCAAACAGGCAGGGUUUCCUAUAGAAGUGAUGUAUAUAGCUUUGGAGUGGUCUUGUUUGAGCUCAUAUCAUCUAAACCUGCAUUUUGGAGGGACGUCCCACACGGUGAGGCGGUUGGCCUCGCUAAGUUUGCAAUCAUCAAACUGUUAAAUAACACAUUGAAGGAGCUAGUAGAUCCAGAUAUUGGGUAUGAUUCAGAUAAAGAUGUAACGGAAAUGGUAGCAGCAGUGGCAGAGUUGGCCUUUCAGUGCAUUCAGUGUCCUAAAGAGCUUAGACCUUCCAUGAAACAGGUGCUGGAGACCCUUGAGGGUAUAAAGAAGGGAACAUGGGGAUUCAACCAGAUAACUUAGUUUCAAUUCUCUGCUACUGCAUAUUUAUAUUUCCAGUUACCUGAUUCUUAUUCACACUUUCUUGACAGUUUGAACUCAUCCUAUAUAGCAUAAUUCUAUUUCUUCUGUUGAAUUUAUUGUUCAAAGUUUAUUGAGAUGUAGCAUAUAUUUAUAUAUCUAUAUAUAUUAUUUUGAA